AGGCAGCCAUGGCGGCCGAGGGUGCGGUCCGGGAGCUCUGCGAGGAGGCCACCUGCUCCAUCUGCCUGGAGUUCUUCCGGGACCCGGUCGCCAUCGCCGAGUGCGGCCACAGCUUCUGCCGGGCCUGCCUGACCCGCAGCUGGGGGGAGGUAGGGACAGCCGAGCCUUCCUGCCCCCAGUGCAGAGGAAAGGCACAAGAGGGGAGCCUCCGCCCCAACCCGCAGCUGGCCAGCAUCGUGGAAAUCGCCAAGAAGGUCAGCCCUUUGGAAGGGGAGGGGGCGGAAGCCAGGGGGGGAGAAACAGCAGAAGCGAAGGGGGGAGAAGGCGAAGGGGGCGUCUGCGAGAAGCACCGGGAGCCCCUGAAGUUUUUCUGCCGAGAGGACGAAGCCCCCCUCUGCGUGGUCUGCAGCAAGUCCCAGGAGCACCGAAAUCACCAGGUGUCUCCCCUGGGGGAGGCGGAGCCUGCCGGGGAGAGGAAGGUGAUCAUGGCAGCUAGAAAGGAAAGAGUUUGCCAGAAGCACAAGGAGCCGCUGAAGCUCUUUUGCAAGGACCACGAAGCCCCCGUCUGCGUGGUCUGUGAGCAGUCCCAGGAGCACCAAUAUCACAACAUCGUUCCUGUGGAGGAGGCCUUCCAAGAGUACAAGGAUCAGUUCUGCACUUGUGUGGAGAUUCUGCGGAAGGAGAGGAACAAAAUCCUGGCGUACAAAGACAGUCUAGUGAAGGAAAGCCAAGACCUGCUUAAGCAAACCAAAGGAGAGCGGCAGAAGACACUGACCAAGUUCAGGCAACUACAGAAGUUUCUGGAGGAACAAGAGGAACUUUUCCUGGUCCAGAUGGAAGGCGUGGAGAAUGAGGUGGCAAGAAACAGGGACCGGCACCUGGCCAGACUCUCUGAGGAACUCUCCUCUCUGGAAAGCCUCAUCCGGGAGAUGGAGGAGAAGAGUCAGCAGCCAGCCGGGGAUCUCCUGCAGGAUGUCAGAAGGACCUUACAGAGGUGUGAAGAAAAGGAAACAUUUGAGAAUCCAGUGGCUUUUCCUCUUGCACUGAAGUGGCGCAUCUGGGACUUCUCGGAUUUAAGUCACCUUUUGGAGGGAAUCAAGAAGCAACUCAAAGACACUCUGGAUUCUGGAUUUCAGAAAGUAAAUGUGACUCUGGAUCCAGACACAGCCCAUCCUCAACUCAUCCUGUCUGAGGGCCAGAAAAGUGUGAGACGAGGAGUAAAAUCUCAAAGUCUUCCUAAUAAUCCUGAGAGAUUCAGGGGGUGUGAUGCUGUGCUGGGCUGUGAGGGAUUCACAGCAAGCCGCCAUUUCUGGGAAGUCCUUGUUGGAAGUGAGGAAGGAUGGCGUGUGGGAGUGGCCAGAAAGUCUGUGAGGAGGAAGGAAUACAUCACCUUUAGUCCUGAGGAAGGGAUCUGGGCUGUGGGGAAGUGGUCAGUGAUGUACAAUAAUUCUGAAAAUGACUGUUAUCCUCCCCUGACUGCUAGUGGGGAGCUCAAGAGGAUCCGAGUGUGCCUAAACCACACUGGGGGGCGAGUGGCCUUUUUUGACGCUGAUCGAGCAGCCCUUCUCCACGAGUUCUUUGGAGCCUCCUUCUCUGGAGAGACCCUCCUGCCCUUCUUUUGGGUGUGUUCAAAAGGCCACCUCAAAAUCUCUUCUUAAGAAUUUUUCUCCACACCACAACAAUCUAUAAGGAAAUAUUAUUUCUCAAGAGUCCCCUUUUUUGAGUCCUGUAAAGGCCUCUCUGAGCUCCCAGCUAUCAAAACUGACUUGAGUAAAAUGGAGACAUUUCCCCCCACCAUUGCCCAACAUUCCUCCCC